AUGGGCCAAAAAGUGGGGAAAGAGGAGGAUUUUGCGUGGGCAUAUACUGAAGAACCACAUGCCACCAGGUAUAUUUGAAAAUGUGUAAUUAAUUAAUUAGUUUUAAUUUUUAGACGAAAAGAAAUGCUGGAAAAAUAUCCACAAAUCAAACAAUUAUUCGGGCAAGACAUCGCUUUUCGACCCGUUGUUGUUUGCAUGGUUUUAGCACAAAUUUUAUUCGCAUAUUUAUUAAGAGGUUUGUUAAAAUUAACGCUAAUUAAGAUAAGUAAUUAAUUUCAGAUGCUGAUUGGUUACUAGUCUUUCUACAAGCAUAUAUUGUUUCGGGUACAAUUAAUCACUCAUUAACUUUAGCUGUACAUGAAAUUAGUCAUAAUCAGGCGUUUGGAACGUCGAGGCCGUUAGCGGUGAGUUUUUUAUUGUUGUUAAAAAUUAGAGUUAUGACGUGGCAAAGUUUUUCAGAAUAGAUUAUUUGGAUUUAUCGCAAAUCUUCCAAUGUGUAUUCCAAUGUCGAUAUCAUUCAAAAAAUAUCAUUUGGAACAUCAUCGAAAUUUGGGAACCGAUAUUAUUGAUACCGAUGUUCCAACUGAAAUCGAAGCGAAUAUUUUUAGAACUUGGUUGGGGAAAAUGAUUUGGAUGAGUUUGCAACCAUUGUUUUAUGGGAUCAGACCAUUUAUGCUUUAUCCAAAAGUGAGAAUUUUUGGGAAAGGGUUUAGGGAAAACAGAUACAUAGAUGCCUCAAAAUUCUGAAUUCAACACUGAAAAUCAGUUCCCAAAAAAACCUCUUUCCAGUCAAUGACCGAUCUCGAAUUAAUCAACGUUGCAAUCGAGCUCACCUUCAGCACCCUAAUAUACACAUAUUUCGGCCCAAAAUCAUUUUUCUAUCUUUUUGGUGGACUUGUUCUUGGAAUGGGUUUACAUCCAUGUGCUGGACAUUUUGUAUCCGAACAUUAUACAUUCAAAAAAGGACAAGAAACUUAUAGUUAUUAUGGACCGAUUAAUAUGGUUGUUUUUAAUGUUGGAUAUCAUGUUGAACAUCACGAUUUUCCAUAUAUUACUGGAGCCAAUUUGGCAAAGGUUGGUUUGGGAUUUUUUAUUGAAAUUUCAAAAUUCAGAUUUUAAUAGAUAUUUGAUUUUUAGACCAUAGUUUAGUUUAUUAAUAAUUUUGGAGAAAUUUUGUAACAGCUAUUUUGUCAAACUUGAAAUCCCCAUUUCCUCUUCCAAUUCUUUUUUACGUCACAAAUUUUCCAAUGUUUCGUAAAUGAGACUCUUGAAAUUAUUAAUAUUAUUCACCAAAAAAUGUGCAUUUUCAUUUUUCAAAAGUAUUAAAUAACGAUUUAUGAAGUGCAAUUUGAGGGGAAAAGAAAGGAAAUUAGCGAAAUUUGAGAAAUGUUGAUCUUUUUUUGAAAACUCCUACUGGAAAAUUUUGAACCAAAAAUAGUUUUUUAUUGCGAAACAAGAGAAUAGAAAAACAGAUAUGAAAUGACAAAAAAUUGAUUUUUCAGGUCCGAGAAAUUGCACCAGAAUAUUAUGAAGAUUGGGAAACACAUUCGAGUUGGGUUUCGAUGAUGUUUGAUUUUAUCUGGAAUCCAAAAAUGACAUUGAGGUUCAUAUUUUUGUUUCUGUAAUUUCAAUUAAAAUAUUAAAAUCCAAUUUUUCAGGAAGAGAAUCAAGAGAAAGACAGUUUCACCCGAACAAUUUUCAUUUUAUGGAACUGGACCUUAUGAAACGAGUCAUGUUUAUAGAACUGUUUCGAAUGUGGGUUUUUAGUGGGAAAUCUGGGUGGAGUGUUUUAAUAAAAAUGUACCUCAUUCCAAAUUCUUUGAACUCUUUCAGUCCGAAAAUUUCUAGUCCCAAAUCAAUUUCAUUUCCCACAAAAUAAAGGAAAUGGAAUUGUUGCUCUUUUCUUUUCAAAUUCUCGAUUCUCCAAAGCAAUUUUUCUUUUUCGAAAUUUCCGUUCCAAGAUUUCUGUGCAUUUCUGAUUAACAGCAAAAAACAAGAAUGAUGUAUUCUCAAAACUAAAGCUUUUUUUCUUGUUGAAAAACUAUAAUUAUCAGAAGCCAAGAAACCGACAAAAAUAUAUAAUUUUUGGUGGACCAGGACCAAACAAGAAUUUUGCAAAAAAAAAUUAAUUUUCAAUAUUUUCUUCAUCCAAUUUUUUUAACGAAAAAAAAACAAAAAAUGCUCAUUUUUUUCAGAUCUUCAACACAUUACUUGGUAUUUCGAAUACAGCCCAAAUUAAAUGCUCGAAAUCUCAAUGA